AUGUCCUCUCGAAAAAAAAUCGACAUUCGGUUUAAAACACUAAUUGAGAAUGGAAUUAUAUCCAAUCAUCGUUCAAUGUUUGUCGUCGUUGGAGAUAAAGGACGAGAUCAGAUCCCCAUCUUAUAUCACAUAAUGGUAAAGGCCACUGUGCAGUCCAUGCCGGAAGUUCUCUGGGCCUACAAGAAAGAUUUGGGUUUCAGCAGCAAUCGGAAAAAACGAAUGCAACUGAAAUCAAAAAAGUUAAAGUCGAAGACAAAAGACUUAAACGAUGAAGAUCCAUUUGAGAUAUUCAUCUCUACCACAAAAAUUCGCUACUGCUACUACGAAGAAACCCACAAAAUAUUAGGCAGAACAUUUGGAAUGUGUGUCAUUCAGGAUUUUGAAGGAAUCACUCCAAACAUCCUGGCUCGUACCAUUGAGACGGUGUCUGGGGGUGGCCUUGUCAUCAUUCUUCUACGAACUGUAAAAUCCCUAAAACAGCUUUACACUAUGACCAUGGAUGUCCAUUUAAGAUAUAGGACUGAGUCCCACCAAGAUAUCAUUGGAAGAUUCAAUGAGAGGUUCAUACUAUCUCUUGGCAAAUGCCCAGGUUGUUUGGUCAUCGAUGACCAGCUAAACAUUCUGCCCAUCUCGUCAUCAUCACUCAACAUCAAAGCACUACCGCCCAUAUCUGAAGAAUUGAAAUCUUUGACGUCAAAACUGAUGCAGGAUGCUGAGACAUCCUUAGUUGGCCAUCUUGUUGGCUGCUGUGCCACCACUGACCAGGGCAAAGCAGUUUUGAAAUUAAUUGAUGCAAUAGUGGACAGAAGUUUCCACUUCACCGUCGUCAUGACAGCAGCUAGGGGCAGGGGAAAGUCAGCUGCUCUGGGGCUCAGCAUGGCAGCUGCGGUUGCUUUUGGCUACUCCAACAUAUUUGUAACCGCACCAAGUCCCGAGAACUUGAAGACAAUGUUUGAGUACAUAUGCAAGGGCCUGACUGCUCUUAAAUAUUCGGAGCACCAAGAUUAUCAGCUGAAGUUCUCAUCCAACCUCGAGUUUAAUAAUGCAGUAGUUAGAAUCAACAUCUACAAAAAUCACAGGCAGACUAUUCAGUACAUAUCGCCGGAAGAUCACCAAAUGUUAUCACAGGCGGAACUGCUGUGCAUCGAUGAGGCAGCCGCCAUACCACUGUUACACGUCACGAAACUUCUAGGGCCCUACCUCGUCUUCAUGUCUUCUACUGUUAAUGGUUACGAGGGUACAGGCAGAUCGCUGUCCUUGAAAUUAGUCGAGAACCUUCGUCGGGGGUCAAAGUUUACAGAGGUCGGAGUCGAUGUCAACAAGAUAUCAUCAACUCUAAAGGAAAAAAAACUGCACGAGAUGGAGCUGAAAAUUCCAAUUCGAUACUCCGACAAGGACCCGAUAGAAGCCUGGCUAACUUCACUCCUCUGCCUGAACAUCACUAAUCAGACCGGGGGCAGAUCCUCUGAAAAAGAAAAGUCCAGUUUUCCAUUCGUUGGUACCUGUGAGUUGUUUGAAGUUAACAGGGAUACACUUUUUUCUUUCCAUGAAAAGACGGAGAUGUUCCUUCAGAAGAUCGUUUCUAUCUUUGUAUCAUCCCACUAUAAGAACAGUCCAGACGACAUUCAGCUGCUCUCGGACGCACCUGCCCACCACAUAUUCGUCCUCAUGGGAUCGAAUGCGCGGAAAAGCCCCAACCCUGACAUCCUUUGUGCCGUUCAGGUUGCCUAUGAGGGUGAAAUUUCAAAAGAAACCAUCUUGAAUGGCCUGAGACGAGGUCACAGAGGUGACGGGGACAUGAUUCCCUGGAUUGUCGAACAGGAAUUUGGUGAAAGAGAAUUCGCUAGAAAGUCUGGAGCUCGAAUCGUACGCAUCGCCACAAACCCUGAACAUCAAAGGAUGGGCUACGGUAUGAAGGCGUUACAGUUACUGCAAGAUUACUACGAGGGCAAGUUGUUGGACGUAUCUCUGAUUGAUGACGCAAACGGUGAUGACGCCAUGAAGGACCAUGCCAAUAGUGGCCAACAGCUUUUAGAAGAGCGCAUCGAGCCGAAGGAAAAACUCCCGCCCUUAUUAAUGGCCUUGAAUCAGAAGAGACCCGAAACCCUGGACUAUCUGGGGGUAAGCUACGGGAUUACCUACCCCCUCCUAAUGUUCUGGAAGAAGUUUGGCAUGGUCCCCGUUCAUGUAGGCCAGCAACGGAACGUCUUAACUGGAGAGCACAAUUGCAUAAUGUUGAAGAGGAUCAAUAAAAAUGAAAAAAAGAAGAAACCUGAUUGGCUGUCGGAAUUAUUUGCCGAUUUCACCCGUCGUUUCAUCUCUCUAUCAUCAUCUGACUUUCAAUCUUGGAAAGUUUCACUAUCAUUAGCCACACUUAACAACAAAAACGUCAUCUCAAAAGUUCAAGAGGUGAGUAGAGAGGAAAUACUUUUGCUAUUCAGUCAGUAUGACGUCACAAGACUGGACAGGUACUCGAAAAACAUGGCCGACUACAGACAGGUGAAAGACCUCCUCCAGAGGUUGUCCACUCUCGUCUUUCAAGGGAAGAUCAAACUCGAACUGGCCACUAUCAAAUCGGCUGUUCUGUUAGGGGUCGGACUACAAGGCAAAUCCGUUGACCAAUUAGCUGAGGAGUUAGAUCCAAAUGAUAGAAAGUACCCAGCCAAUCAGGUGCUUGCAAUCCUCAACCAAACUGUCAAGUGUAUAGUGGAGAAAUUGCACCAGAUCUUAAGAGAUGUUGAAGCUUCACAACUAUCCAACUUGAAAGAAAUGAUUCCUGUAAACAUAUCUCUUGACGAUGAUUUGCUGGAAGCAGCCGAGUCUGAAAAACAGCGCGCCAUCACGGAGCACAAGCGGAAACUGAGUGACAGCUACGGCGAUGAGAUCAGGAAACGUUUCAAAAGAAAGAAUGACGUCAAUUUUAAAAAGUCAAAAAAGUUUAAGAAGAAAUAGUUACAUUAGUACGAAAUAUAUAUCUAAUAUAAAUUUAUUCUGUCUUCUUGAACAGUGAUUAUUUUUUUCUUACUUAUGAUUGCUUUGAAUUGAAUUUUUCUUUCUGUAUCACCUAGUAGGUUGCAAAUGCUCAAGCAGAGCAAAGUAUUUGUGUUAUCUAUCGUAAUAAAUGAAUGACGCAACUAUGU